UCGAAAGCCGGCUUCUACACCAGCACAUGAUGUCCGGUGUCUGGCGUACGCCAGGGCCGGCGCAGGGAUGGAGAACCCCACCACGCCCGCCCCGGCGGCGGCCCCGUCCAAGGGCAAGUCGGCGGCGCAGAACCCUAGCGGGCACCACGCCGCGACACCGUCUGGGACGCCGUCCAAGGGCAUCGGCGGCGGCGCUGGCGCCAAUGCGUCCGCCCCCACCCUCAAGCGCAAGCGCGGCGUCUUCCAGAAAGACCUGCAGCACAUGAUGUAUGGAUUUGGGGACGAUCCAAAUCCACUUCCAGAAACUGUUGCGCUGGUGGAGGACAUUGUUGUCGAAUAUGUCACUGAUCUGGUCCACAAGGCGCAGAAUGUUGCAUCAAAGAGGGGGAAGCUACUGACAGAGGAUUUUCUUUACCUUAUACGCAAGGAUUUACGGAAACUGCACCGUGCUACUGAACUACUCUCCAUGAAUGAAGAGCUCAAGCAAGCAAGGAAAGCUUUUGACGUGGAUGAAGAGACGCUGGCUACAAAUGCCAUUUGAUAUCUUCACGGAAGCCUCAGAAACCUUCGUACAAUAUGCAUUAGUUUUCCUUUCAGCUGUUUCUGCUGAAAGGAAUUUAUAAUGUUGGUUUUUGAGUGCUUUUGCCUUGUACUCACCAAACUAUCAUAUCGUUCUUGUUGCCGAUACUUAACAGUUGAUACGUACUGACAGCAAUUCACCUAUGCAUUCCUGGUUUCAAA